AGAGAGAGAGAGAGAGAGAGAAGAGAGAGAGAGUAGAAGGAAACAGAAACAGAGAGAGAAGGAAGGGGGAAGCCUCUCCUUCAGCUCUGAGGCGCUGACUGUCUGCCCGAGGCACUGACCGUCUCCCUCCAGACUGACCGUGCGGUCCAGUCCCUCCCUGACCCAGCAGAACUCUGACAUGCUCCUCUGUGUCUCUGUCUCCAGAUGGCCAACACCGUAACGUUGCUGUGCUGCGUGGUGCUAGCUGCUGUGGUAGUGGCGUACGCUCAGAGACGCAGUCAGACAGGAGCCAGUAGUCAGUAUGAGCAUAUGGGAGGGGACGUGACCAUGAAGUGUGGCUCUCUGGACAGCGAGGCCAGCGUGACGUGGAAGGUGAACGGGACAGAUGUGACGGCACGCCACCGGGAGGAGGGGUCUAAGCUCAUACUGAUGGAGGUGGACCUCUCAAACAACGGACUCUACAGCUGCUUCCAGAACCCCAACGGAGAACGACGGGACCAGAUCAACCUACGCAUCGGAA